AUUCAGCAUCAACCAAUGGUCCCAUUAUAAAAACAAAGUAAAAAAACAAAAAAAUAGAAGGAAAAUCUUGACAGUCAAUUCUCCAUUUGCCAACGUACCCUCUUUAUAAAUACGGCCACGCCACACCUUUUCUCAUCAUCAACAUACUCCAAAACCAACAGUAGCUUGAUCUUCUCCAAUAUUUCUCUGGCCUGGCCUCCUCCUUCCCCGCUCCAAAUUAUUGCCGUUGUUGUUGUUGCUGCUGUAUCGCUGAGGCAUGCAGAGCAUUAUUGAUGCCUUGAGCGCCGGCCACGACGACAAUGGCGGCCAGAUCAAUAUUGCAAAGAGGGAAAUCAAAGGCACCGUGGUGCUGAUGAAGAAGAACGUGCUGGAGUUCAAUGACUUCAACGCUUCGAUCGUUGACCGUUUCGACGAGCUCUUAGGGCGGGGAGUUUCCCUGCAACUCAUCAGCUCCGUUCAUGGCGAUCCUCAGAAUGGCAACAAGGGCAAGCUUGGGAAGGCAGCAUACUUGGAGAACUGGAUCCCGACAAUCGCUCCAUUAAAAACCGGCGAAACAGCCUACGACGUCACCUUCGAGUGGGAAGAAGAAGAGAUCGGGGUUCCAGGAGGGUUUGUAAUCAAGAACAAUCACCACAACGAGUUCUUCUUAAAGUCUCUCACACUCGAAGAUGUUCCUGGGGAAGGCAGGAUCCACUUCCCCUGCAACUCCUGGGUUUACCCUGCCAAGCGCUACGCCAAAGAUCGAGUUUUCUUCACUAACAAGUCGUAUCUGCCACAUGAGAUGCCAUUGCCAUUGGUGAAGUACAGAGAAGAAGAGCUGGUUGGCUUGAGAGGAAAUGGACAAGGGGAGCUCCGAGAGUGGGACAGAGUGUAUGAUUAUGCUUGCUACAAUGAUUUAUGGGAUCCUGAUGAUGGCGAUGCAGACAAUGCCAGACCAACUCUGGGAGGAUCGGCUGAGUACCCUUAUCCUCGUUGGGGAAGGACUGGCAGGCCGCCAUCCAAAUCAGGUCAACCUUAUUUCCAACAGAAUGAAAAGUAUCUAUUUACUGUCCUAUUUACAUUUCAUUUUCAUUUCUAAGCAGAUCCCAAGGUAGAGAGUAGGCUACCACUAUUGAUGAGUCUAGACAUAUACGUCCCAAGAGACGAGAGAUUUGGUCACCUGAAGAUGUCCGAUUUCCUUCUUAACGGGCUCAAAGCCAUCGUUCAAAUUGUGAAGCCUGAACUGGAGGCUCUGUGCUCUGAGGAUGGCAAUGAAUUCGAUUCCUUCGAUGAUGCUUUGAAGCUAUACGAUGGAGGGGUGAAGCUCCCUCGAGGUCCCACACUCGAUAACCUCUGGAAGGAUAUUCCUUUAGAUAUCAUCAACCUGAUUUUCCAUACUGAUGGGGAAAGGAUUCUGAAAUACCCUUUGCCAGAAGUGAUCAAAGAGAGUAGGACUGCUUGGAGAACUGAUGAAGAAUUUGCGAGGGAAAUGCUGGCUGGGCUUAAUCCUGUUGUCAUUAGUAUUCUUCAAGAGUUUCCACCAAGGAGCAAGCUGGAUGCUAAAGUUUAUGGCAAUCAGGACAGUUCAAUUAGUGAAGAACACCUAAGGCAUCAGCUGAAUGGAUUGACUGUAGCUGAGGCAAUCAAGACCAACAAGCUAUUCAUACUAGAUCACCACGACACAAUAAUGCCAUACCUACGGAGGAUUAACGACAACACCACCUCCAAAGCCUAUGCAACAAGAACAAUCCUAUACCUGCAAAAUGAUGACACAUUGAAGCCACUGGCGAUCGAGUUGAGCUUGCCACAUCCCGACGGAGACCAGUUCGGAGCCAUUAACAAAGUCUACACUCCACCACCUGCAGAUCAUAAGGAGGGCAGCCUCGAAGAAAUCAUUUGGCAGUUGGCCAAAGCAUAUGUAGCAGUAAACGAUUCCGGCUACCACGAGCUCAUCAGUCACUUCUUGCACACUCAUGCCGUGAUCGAGCCGUUUGUCAUUGCCACAAACAGGCAGCUCAGCGUAGUUCACCCGAUCUUCAAGCUUCUCCACCCUCAUUUUCGAGAUACCAUGAACAUAAACGCGCUUGGGAGACAGGUCCUCAUCAAUGGCGGAGGACUGAUGGAGUUCACGCUCUACCCUGCCAAGUACUGCAUGGAAUUCUCUUCGUCGCUGUAUAAACACUGGAACUUCACUGAGCAAGCCCUCCCUCAGGAUCUCAAGAAGAGGGGAAUGGCGGUUCCUGACCCAGUGUCCAAACACGGUCUCCGACUUCUUAUCAAAGACUACCCAUACGCCGUCGACGGGCUCGACAUCUGGUCAGCGAUCAGAAACUGGGUAGCCAAUUACACAUCAUUGUACUACAAAACCGACGAUGCGAUUCGGAGUGAUGUCGAGCUCCAAACGUGGUGGAAAGAACUCGUGGAGGUCGGCCAUGCGGACAAGAGAGACGAGCCCUGGUGGCCCAAGAUGCGUAAUCGAGACGAACUCAUCGAAUCGUGCACGACUGUGAUCUGGAUCGCGUCGGCGCUCCAUGCAGCCACCAAUUUUGGGCAGUACACUUAUGCCGGCUACAUGCCGAAUCGCCCCACCAUCAGCCGGCGGUUCAUGCCGGAGGAAGGAACGCUGGAAUUUGAGGAGAUGCGGGAGAACCCAGAUAGGGUUUUCUUGAGGACGAUCACGGCGAGGCUCCAGACGCUUUUGGGGAUCUCGCUGAUUGAACUUCUAUCGACGCAUUCUUCGGAUGAGUUUUACCUAGGUCAGCGGGACACGGCGGGGUGGACGGCAGAAUUGGAGGCGGAGGCGGCAUUCGAGAGGUUUGGGAAGGCAUUGACGGAGGUUGAGGAGAGGAUUGUGGAGAGGAACGGAGAGGAGAAUCUGAGGAAUCGGUAUGGAGCAGUAAAGAUACCAUACACUCUGUUGUUUCCGACGAGCGAGGUUGGCCGAACCGGCAAGGGGAUUCCGAAUAGUAUUACUAUUUAAAAAUUGGUUAUUGAAUGACGCGGAAUUAAUGGCUUUGAGUUGGUGGUAAAUUUAUGCGUGUUGUGUCUUGCACUUGUGUGAAUCAUGUUAAAUGUCUCAAGCUUACUUUUUUUUUUAAGGGAAAAUGUCUCAAGGUUACUUGAGUUCAUUGUUAGUUGUUGCCCCAUUGAACAAGCUCUUUAAUCAUAUAUCAUUAUAAUAGGGUGUGAACUUAAUGUAAUUUGUCUUGUUGAUCUAUAUAUCAUUAUAAUAAGGUGUGCAAAUUUUCAUACACAAACUUCUUUAAAAAAUGUGUAUAUAUAUUAUGCUAUUUUCAAGACUCUUAAAAACAA